GCAUCCGUCCCGGGUCCCACGCCUCACAACCUCGGCUGGAAACGCACAACAGACCUCCAGAAGACAAUGAUCCAAUACUUUACAGACCUGCUACACAUCUAUCUGCUAUAAUCUCCAUAAGUACGAACUCCACUGUGUUUCCCAUGAGCCACUUAAUCAUAAUUAUCCAGAGACAGUCCUGCUUGAGUAGACAAGAGCAAGGUGCUUGGUCUGUGUGAGUUUAGAGUCAUGGACGCUGGUGAAGAUGGUGAUGUGCAUGCAGAGCUACAGCAAGUGGAGGUAGAGCUCCAGCGGGUGGAGGAGCAGAUCUCAGAACUGCUGAAGAGGCAGGAAGAGCUGGAGUCUGUGCGCAAAGCUUUGCUGUCCCAGCUGGAGGAAGGGUCCGGGCACGGGACCUCCUCCUCCUCCUCUUCCUCUUCUUCACAGGGAGCACCGGCCAUCACCAAACAGGAGCUGGAGCGCUACGACAGAGCAGAUUUCCCCUGGUCAGAUGAAGCACAGCGCCACCUACAGGACACGUUCCGCCUGCAUCAGUUCCGGCCUCUGCAGCUGAGAGCCAUAAACCUGACCAUGUCCUCCAGAGACCUGUUCCUCGUCAUGCCCACAGGCCGGGGCAAGAGUCUGUGCUACCAGCUGCCCGCGCUCUGCAGCACAGGCUUCACACUGGUGGUCACUCCUCUGGUCUCGCUCAUGGAGGAUCAGAUCAUGUUCUUGCGUUCUCUGGAGGUACCUGCUGCCAUGCUCAACGCCUCCAGCACCAAGGAGCAUGCUAAAACAGUGAUGGCAGCCAUGACCGAGCCUAAGAGCCCCUUUAAGCUGAUCUACGUGACCCCGGAAAAGAUCGCCAAGAGCAAGCUACUGAUGUCACGUCUGGAGAAGGCAUACAAGGCCCAGCUGCUGAGCCGUGUGGCCGUGGAUGAGGUGCACUGCUGCAGCCAGUGGGGCCAUGACUUCAGGCCUGAUUACAAGCUGCUGGGCAUCCUGAAGAGACAGUUCCCCCUGGUCCCUCUGUUAGGCCUGACUGCUACAGCCACCUCCAGUGUGCUCCAGGACUGUGAGAAGAUCUUGAAUGUGUCACGCCCCAUCACCCUAACUGCCUCCUUCAACCGCACCAACCUCUACUAUGAGGUGCGAUUCAAAGCUUCAGACAGUGACACAUCUUUAAAUGACAUAGCCUCAUUGAUCACGAAAAAAUACCAGGGCCAGUCAGGGAUUGUUUAUGUCUUCUCCCAGAAGGACGCAGAGACCGUGUCCUCUGAGCUACAGAAGCGGGACAUCGUGGCUUACCCAUACCACGCCAACAUGGACGCUAAUGACAAGUCCAGAGUCCAUCGCAAAUGGACCUCCAACAAGAUACAGGUGGUGGUGGCCACAGUGGCCUUUGGCAUGGGCAUAGACAAGCCCAACGUCCGCUUCGUGAUCCACCACACCAUCAGCAAGUCCAUCGAGAACUACUACCAGGAGAGCGGCCGCGCAGGUCGAGACGACCAGCCAGCAGACUGCGUCGUCUACUAUGGCUUUGCAGAUAUCUUCAGGAUCAGCACUAUGGUGGUCAUGGAGAACGUGGGCCAACAGAAGCUGCUGCAGAUGGUGGACUACUGCCAGAAUGUGGACAGGUGUCGGCGCUCUCUCAUGGCUGUUCACUUUGAUGAAGUGUGGGACAAGAAGGACUGCAACCAGAUGUGUGACACCUGUCGCCAUGGAAACGAAUACACCUCGGUGGAUAUCAGUCCUCAUGCGCGGCAGGUGGUGCAGAUCCUGGAGCUGGCUGCGUCUCAGGACGAGAGGCUGACUCCCCUGAAGCUGCUGGAGGCCUGGAGCGGGAAGGGCCCGGCCAAACACAGGAAGAUGAUCCAGAGCACCACACUGGGACGGCACCACGCCGAGGCCGUGCUGGUGCACAUGCUGCUGCUCGGAUACCUCAGGGAGGACUUCAGCUUCACGCCCUACACCACACACUUCUACCUCAAACUGGGCCGGAAAGCUCCCCUCCUCAAGAGCUCCAACCACAGACUGAGCAUGAACAUGAGGUCCCCGGGGGCAGCUGCGGACAUGCAGUGGAGCUCUGGGCAGGUGCGGCAGGUGCACAAGCAGGAGCAGGUGCAGAGGCGCCUGGGUAGAUAUAAGGAACACACAGAGACACAGAGAUCUGUGGAGGAGGACAGAGGAGAGGACAGGAAAAGACCUUGUCCACAGCCCAGUAUACGCAACUCUGUCCCUGCCCAUCUCUCCUCACAGCUGUCAAUCAUCUCAGACAGCCCCACUGAGGAGCUGUGCCACCUGCGGAACUACUACCACCGACAGCUCAGGAGGAUACACUACAUGUCCCAUGAGGAUGUGGGACCUGACCCUGAGCACGGGGCCCUGAGCUGUCUCAGUGGCCCCCUGAGGAGCCUCUUUUUGUCGUGCACUGUCAAUCAGUCGGCCCACAGCCUGUGGAGCAGGCUCAGCACCCGCAAAAAGCUCCUCUGAGGACACAACUGUGCCUCUGCAACCAACCAAGCACACCAUCUGACUGCUGCACAACAGGGCCCGACCUCUGCUGCACGACGGAGCCCGACCUCUGCUGCACGACGGAGCCCGACCUCUGCUGCACGACGGAGCCCGACCUCUGCUGCACGACGGAGCCCGACCUCUGCGGCACGAUGGGGACCAGAACCUCUGAGCCUCUUGAUUGUCUAUUGUUUUUGUAGAAUUUUGCUUUAAUAUAAGACAUUUUAGAUGUCAAUGAUGUCCAUAUUUAGAUUUCAUUGUUAAUCUGUUUCAUGAGUUAAACACUAAAACCUGUUUAUAUACAUAAUCUAAAAGCAGCAUCUAAUUUGUUUUGUUUUGUUCCUGUUAAUGUAAAAAAAGAUUAUUCUAAACCUGGUAUCAUGAUUUUAGAGUAGUCUCUCUAUCAGAACUUCUGUAAUUAUUGUUAAUGUUAUAUUGUUUUUACAAAAACGUUAUUACAGUGUUAUUGAAAUGGAUGUGGAGUAUGGAGUCUUUCUCUUGGUAUGAGUGAGAUGAGAUAUUGGUCCUUCUGAGCCUGCGCACAGAGCUGUGGACAGUGCACAGUGCAGCUAACUUUUGUGUCCUGAUGUACCUGUGUACCUGUCUCUGCUUCUAGACUGCGUCUCUGUGUCUGGGUCGUGUGUCUACUUUUGGGUUGCGUCUCUUUUGGGUUGCGUCUCUUAUAGGUUGCGUGUCUACUUUUGGGUUGCGUGUCUGCUUUUGGGCUGCGUCUCUGUGUCUGAGUUGCGUGUCUGCUUUUGGGUUGCAUCUCUGCGUCUCUGUGGACAUGGUGAGUUAGGGUGUCAUAAUUCUCCUGUAAAAUGAUUCACUCCAAAACAUAAGCAGCAGGAGAGUGGGAGUGUUUUUUCUGUUUUUGGGCUCUUAUUACACUGUUGUCUGACCUCUGUUAUAAUGUAGUUUCCUCAUUAAAAACAGACCUGA